AUGUGGAAAAAGAGCGAUGGUGCCCACCCGCAGAGCCCAGGGGACCUACAGGGCAGCAGCUGGCGCUGUCUUCAGGGAAGGCAGCGUGGACAGACUGCAGGGUCACCUGGAGACACCUCCUUGUGCACCCCAGCCUUCUCCCGGAGACACAUAGAGCCAGGGGUCCACAGGGACCCUGUCCUCUGCCACCUGUCCCUGUGUCAGGCCAGGGCGGAGCCCAGACCCCAAGAGGGACGGACAGAGGAAGUCAAGGUGUCUCCAGACUGGGGGGGCUCACAGAGGACCCACACCAGCUUUGUCAAAAGUCCAGGCAUCCCCAAGAACCAGGACCAACAACUGGCUCACAGGUACGAGGGGAGUAAAGAGGACCGAAGGCUCAGCAGCCGUCAGCUCCGGGAGCAGAACACACGUGGUCUUCACACCCCACACGCAGAUCGUGGCACCUGGGUCACAGGCGGCAAAUACAGCCAGUGCCGUCCUCAUCCCCCAGGGACCAGUCCCACCCCACCCACCUUCCACUGUCCUGAUCACAGCUGGCCGGGUGCUGGUGCCGAUCCUGCACGAGGGAACCCAUCAGCGGUUUUAAUGAGUCCGCGUGGGUGCGGAAACACAAAACUCCUACCCUGCACGCAUCCCCUCACGCACCCCAUGGCACAGCAGCUGCAAGGACCCCACCGGACCACAGCAAUCUCUGCCACACAGGAAGCCAACUCCUGGGGUGUGUGCCAGGGAGUGGGGCACCGCUCCGAGCAAGACUCCAGCCCCAGCAGCGCCCACGGCAGCCUGGGUCCAGCAUCUCCUGCCAUCUUUGUCCCCACCUUCCGCACCACCGACCCUGAGACAGGACACGGAUGGAGGUGCUUAGGCAGAACUGGCACCUGUCCUGCGGACGCCUGAAGGAAGGAGAUAAAUAUAUUCGUAAUACACAGGGAGUGGACGACAAAGAGUUCAUACAGCUGUCUGUGACAGAGCUGGCGUGCUAAUGAGUUCCCAGCUGAGCCCCGGAAAUCUACAGGACCGCAGCUCUGACCUUUUGGGCCGAUUUCUAAAGGGAAGGUUAAAGUUUCACUGCAAAGUGAAGACACAGAGGUUCCCAUUUGUCGUGAGGGACUCGGGCCUGCGUCAGCAACUUGCAGAUGGGCUGAAAACGGGAGAGGCUGCAGAUUCCACA